AGGGGAGGGCGGCGGAGGAGACGGUCAGAAGUGUCAGGAGCAGUUCAUCCUGAGAAGUGGCUUCCCGCUCGACCCGCAUUUCGUCGGGGUGCGCUCUGCUACCAUGCCGAAUUAAAAUCUCUGCGCAGUUGACACAAAAGCCUUGGAUUUUCAGAUAAUAACAGAAUUCCCCCUGGGAAUGCUGACUCCUUGCUUGGUGCCUUGAAGUUUCUCCGAGAUGAACUGAUGAACUGGAACCAUGGUGCAAAAGAAGAAGUUCUGUCCUCGGUUACUUGACUACCUAGUGAUUGUAGGCGCCAGGCACCCGAGCAGUGACAGUGUGGCCCAGACUCCUGAAUUGCUUCGGCGAUACCCAUUAGAGGAUCACCCUGAGUUUCCCCUGCCCCCAGAUGUCGUGUUCUUCUGCCAGCCAGAGGGCUGUCUGAGUGUGCGGCAGCGGCGCAUGAGCCUGCGGGAUGAUAUCUCUUUUGUCUUCACCCUCACCGACAAGGACACCGGAGUCACGCGUUAUGGCAUCUGUGUUAACUUCUACCGCUCCUUCCAGAAGCGAAUGCCUAAGGAAAAGGGGGAAGCUGGGGCAGGGUCCCGUGGGAAGGAAGGACCCCGGCCCACCAGCGCCUCAGAAGAGGUUGGCACGGAGAGUUCGGAGAGUGGCUCGUCCCUGCAGCCUCCCAGUGCCGACUCCACCCCCGAUGUGAACCAGUCUCCUCGCGGAAAACGCCGGGCCAAGGCGGGAAGCCGGUCCCGCAACAGUACUCUGACUUCCCUCUGUGUGAUCAGCCACUACCCCUUCUUCUCCACCUUCCGAGAGUGUCUGUACACCCUCAAACGUCUGGUGGACUGCUGCAGUGAGCGACUGCUGGGCAAGAAACUGGGCAUCCCCCGAGGCAUACAAAGGGACACCAUGUGGCGCAUCUUCACUGGAUCGUUGCUGGUGGAAGAGAAGUCAGGUGCCCUUCUGCAUGACCUUCGAGAGAUUGAGGCCUGGAUCUAUCGAUUGCUGCGCUCCCCAGUGCCCGUCUCCGGGCAGAAGCGAGUAGACAUUGAGGUCCUACCCCAGGAGCUCCAGCAAGCUCUGACCUUUGCUCUUCCUGACCCCUCUCGAUUCACCCUGGUGGAUUUCCCACUGCACCUUCCCUUGGAACUUCUGGGUGUGGAUGCCUGCCUUCAGGUGCUAACCUGCAUCCUGUUAGAGCACAAGGUGGUGCUACAGUCCCGCGACUACAACGCUCUCUCCAUGUCUGUGAUGGCAUUUGUGGCAAUGAUCUACCCCCUGGAGUAUAUGUUCCCUGUCAUCCCACUGCUGCCCACCUGCAUGGGAUCGGCAGAGCAGCUGCUGUUGGCCCCAACCCCAUACAUCAUCGGGGUCCCUGCCAGCUUCUUCCUCUACAAACCGGACUUCAAAAUGCCUGAUGAUGUAUGGCUAGUGGAUCUGGACGGCAGUAGGGUGAUUGCCCCCACCAAUGCAGAAGUGCUACCUGUGCUGCCAGAACCGGAGUCAUUAGAGUUGAAAAAACAUUUGAAGCAGGCCCUUGCCAGCAUGAGCCUCAACACCCAGCCAAUCCUCAAUCUGGAAAAAUUCCAUGAGGGCCAGGAGAUCCCCCUGCUCUUUGGAAAGCCUACUAGUGACCUGCAGUCCACCCCUUCCACGGAAUUCAACCCACUCAUCUAUGGCAAUGAUGUGGAUUCUGUGGAUGUUGCAACCAGAGUGGCCAUGGUCCGUUUCUUCAACUCCCCCAACGUGCUGCAGGGCUUUCAGAUGCACACACGUAUCCUGCGUCUCUUCCCUCGGCCCGUGGUAGCUUUUCAAGUUGGCUCCUUCCUAGCCUCACGUCCCCGGCAGACUCCUUUUGCUGAGAAAUUGGCCAGGACUCAGGCUGUGGAGUACUUUGGGGAAUGGAUCCUUAACCCUACCAACUAUGCCUUUCAGCGAAUUCACAACAACAUGUUUGAUCCGGCCCUGAUUGGUGACAAGCCAAAGUGGUACGCUCAUCAGCUGCAACCCAUCCACUAUCGCGUCUACGAUAGCAAUUCCCAGCUGGCUGAAGCGCUGAGUGUGCCCCCAGAGCGUGACUCUGACUCUGACCCUACUGAUGACAGCGGCAGUGAUAGUAUGGACUAUGGUGACUCAAGCUCUUCCUACUCCUCCCUCGGUGACUUUGUUAGUGAGAUGAUGAAAUGUGACAUCAAUGGCGAUACGCCUAAUGUGGAUCCUCUGACGCAUGCAGCGCUGGGGGAUGCCAGUGAGGUGGAGAUUGAUGAGCUGCCGAGCCAGAAGGAAGCCGGGGAGCCUGGCCCCCACAGAGAGAACGCUCAGGAACACCCCCCACCGCACUCCAGCUCCAGCACCACGGCCAGCAGUGGCCCCAGCACCGUCAUCCGCGGAGCCAGUGCUGAACCUGCUGACUCAACAGAGAUGGAUGAUAAGGCAGCAGUAGCCAUCUCCAAGCCCCUCCCUCCCGUGCCUCCCAGCAUCAGCAAAUCGGUCGUGGACAGGCGCCAGACAGAAACUGGAGAGGGAUCAGUGUGCCGGCGAACCUUCGACAACCCAUACUUCGAGCCCCAGUAUGGCCUUCCCCCUGAGGAAGAUGAUGAUGACCAGGGGGAAAGUUACACUCCCCGAUUCAGCCAACAUGGCAGUGGCAAUCGGGCUCAAAAGCUGCUGCGGCCAAACAGCUUGAAACUGGCAAGCGACUCAGACGCAGAGUCAGACUCCCGAGCAAGCUCUCCCACCUCCACCAUCUCCAACAACAGCACCGAGAGCUUUGGGGGCAUCAUGUCUUUUGCCAGCAGCCUAUAUCGGAACCACAGUACAAGCUUCAGUCUUUCGAACCUCACACUGCCCACCAAAGGUGCCCGGGAGAAGACCACGCCCUUCCCCAGUCUGAAAGUAUUUGGGCUAAAUACUCUAAUGGAGAUUGUUACUGAAGCCGGCCCCGGGAGUGGUGAAGGAAACAGGAGGGCCUUGGUGGACCAGAAGUCAUCUGUCAUUAAACACAGCCCAACAGUGAAGCGAGAACCCCCGUCACCCCAGGGCCGAUCCAGCAAUUCUAGUGAGAACCAGCAGUUCCUGAAGGAGGUGGUGCACAGCGUGCUGGAUGGCCAGGGCGUUGGCUGGCUCAACAUGAAGAAGGUGCGACGGCUGCUGGAGAGCGAGCAGCUGAGGGUCUUUGUCCUGAGCAAGCUGAACCGCACGGUGCAGUCCGAGGACGAUGCCCGGCAGGAUCUCAUCCCCGACGUGGAGAUCAGUCGAAAGGUGUACAAGGGAAUGUUAGACCUGCUCAAGUGCACGGUGCUCAGUCUGGAGCAGUCCUAUACCCAUGCAGGUCUGGGCGGCAUGGCCAGCAUCUUUGGGCUUCUGGAGAUCGCUCAGACCCACUACUACAGCAAAGAACCAGACAAGCGUAAGAGAAGUCCAACAGAGAGCGUGAAUACACCAGUUGGCAAGGAUCCUGGCCUGGCUGGUCGGGGGGACCCAAAGGCUACGGCACAGCUGAGAGUUCCCCAGCUGGGGCCUCGGGCACCAAGUGCUACAGGAAAGGGUCCUAAGGAACUAGAUACCAGGAGUUUAAAGGAAGAGAAUUUUGUAGCAUCUGUUGACGUCUUCCCCUACUCAGGGCCUGAAGUACUCAAACCUGCCUUUGACCUUGGCGAGACGGAAGAGAAAAAGUCCCAGAUCAGCGCAGAUAGUGGUGUGAGCCUAACAUCUGGUUCCCAGAGGACGGACCCAGACUCUGUCAUCGGUGUGAGCCCAGCCGUCAUGAUCCGAAGCUCCAGUCAGGAUUCUGAAGUUAGCACCGUGGUGAGUAAUAGUUCUGGGGAGACCCUUGGAGCCGACAGUGACUUGAGCAGCAAUGCAGGCGAUGGACCAGGUGGCGAGGGAAGCACCCGCUUGACAAGCUCUCGGGGCACUUUGUCCGAUAGUGAAAUUGAGACCAACUCUGCCACCAGCGCCAUCUUUGGUAAAGCCCACAGCUUGAAGCCGAGCGUAAGGGAGAAGCUGGCGGGCAGCCCGGUUCGCUCUUAUGAAGAUGUAAGCCAGCGAGUCUAUCUCUACGAGGGACUCAUAGGUAAAGAGCGUUCUACGUUAUGGGACCAAAUGCAGUUCUGGGAAGAUGCGUUCUUAGAUGCUGUGAUGUUGGAGAGAGAAGGGAUGGGUAUGGACCAGGGUCCCCAGGAGAUGAUAGACAGGUACCUGUCACUGGGAGAGCAUGACCGGAAACGCCUCGAGGAUGAUGAAGAUCGUUUGCUGGCCACGCUUUUGCACAACCUGAUCUCCUAUAUGCUGCUGAUGAAGGUACAGAAGAAUGAAAUCCGGAAGAAGGUGAGGCGCCUGAUGGGAAAGUCCCAUAUUGGGCUUGUGUACAGCCAGCAAAUCAAUGAAGUACUUGAUCAGCUGGCCAACCUGAAUGGCCGUGAUCUCUCUGUCCGGUCCAGUGGUAGCCGGCACAUGAAGAAGCAGACAUUUGUGGUACAUGCAGGGACAGACACAAAUGGAGAUAUCUUUUUUAUGGAGGUGUGUGAUGACUGCGUGGUGCUACGCAGUAACAUCGGGACAGUGUACGAGCGCUGGUGGUACGAGAAGCUCAUCAACAUGACCUACUGCCCCAAGACCAAGGUGCUGUGCUUGUGGCGCAGAAACGGCUCAGAGACCCAGCUCAACAAGUUCUACACAAAGAAGUGUCGGGAGCUGUACUACUGUGUGAAGGACAGCAUGGAGCGUGCCGCCGCCCGGCAGCAGAGCAUCAAACCUGGGCCUGAACUAGGUGGCGAGUUCCCCGUGCAGGACAUGAAGACUGGUGAGGGUGGCUUGCUGCAGGUCACCCUAGAAGGGAUCAAUCUCAAGUUCAUGCACAACCAGGUUUUCAUAGAGCUGAAUCACAUUAAAAAGUGCAAUACAGUUCGAGGCGUCUUUGUCCUGGAGGAAUUUGUUCCUGAAAUUAAAGAAGUGGUGAGCCACAAGUACAAGACACCCAUGGCCCACGAGAUCUGCUACUCGGUGUUGUGUCUCUUCUCGUAUGUGGCUGCGGUCCGCAGCAGUGAGGACGACCUCCGAACCCCACCCCGGCCCGUCUCCAGCUGAUGGAGGGUGACGGCUGCCCCAGCCCAGGGGCGCCCUGGCCUCUUGCCUCUUGCUGUUCCCCAGUGCACGAUGCUGCUAAGACCAGACGCUGAUGACGCGCGUUCUCUGCAAGCCCCUCGCGUGGCUUAGGUGGUUCCCAGUUAUGUGUCUGUUGGUGUGUCUUAGUGUGUUCAUCACAGGGCUGAGCUAGUCUCUUCCGCCUUCUCCCUCUUCACUCCCAGAAGACCAGCCUACUGUUCCCUCAGGGCUCGGUGUGUGUGUGUGUGUGUGUGUGUGUGUGUGUGUGUGUGUGUGUCUGUUGGGCCAGUGGCUUCUAAGAACUCUUUGGCACAGGCCAGUGUGAGUCCAUGCCUGCAUGCCCUUGAGACAUUUGUGCUGUGGCUCCGUGUCCUUGGCAUUGUGACCUCCCAGCGCAGGACUCUGGCUCUUGUCCUCUGUGAUCCAGCACAGCCGGGCGUCUGGAACAGCCCCCUCUGGGGAGUGAGGGAAGCUUGAGGCUUCCUGAGAGGGGUGGGCGGCGAGAGGAGGGAGAGGCCCGGGGCAGCAGAGUGAGUGGCAACCUCCCUGCUUCCUGACGCAUUUCCUAAGCUGGCAGCUACCGCCCGCCCGCCCGUGGGCCACACACAGUCUUGCUGCUGUCACCAUGGCCUCCACCACUCAGCGGAGCAGCUCUUCCCCUGGGGUCUGCCUGGCCUUAGGCAGAGGAGAGCAGACUGGUUGGGGCCUGGAGACUCCCAGGAACCGGAAGGGGUGGGCAAAGGCCAAGUUCGGUGUACACACCCGUGUCUGCAGGCAGCGUCUCCUGGCACCGGGUGCCAG